UAAAUUUAUCGCAGAAAGCAGCCUACGUUACUUCUGUAUUUCUUUAAUGAUAACUUUAGACUGUAUAUAGUCUAUAUUAAUAACCAUUUUAUGCAUAUAGUUUAUGUUAAUAAACGUAGACUGCAUAUAGUCUGUUAAUGACCGAUGUGCUAUCAUCGCAUAUAAGGUAACGUUACGGAGCUAGCUGUGCUCAGAGGGCCAGCAGCCUCUAAGCUUUUGCUACUACCUCACUUAUCACAUGCAUGUGCGCACGCAUGGAUGACAUCUCGGCUCAUGUUAUUCUUUGUCUGGGAACUAACGCUAACUCUUCAAAACUCCAAAGUCUUCAUAAGGCAGCCCGUGUGUAGUUUACCAUUGCUGUAAAGGGACGUAAAAGUUAGUCUCUGUGUGAUCUGCCAUCAUGGUGAACGAGGUUCAUCGAGGGGACAGUACCUGGCAGUCAUGCAAGAGUGACUCCAGCGGGGCCAGUAACAGUGGUGGAGAAAGCUCCAAGGAGAGCUCCCGCUGUUCCACACCGGUGCUAGAUGGAGACCGCUCUGACAGACUGCGGGACAAGAUGCGGAGGAGGAUUGAAUCCGGGGACCGCUGGUUCUCUCUUGAAUUCUUUCCUCCUCGCACAGCCAGUGGAGCUGUCAACCUCAUCUCAAGAUUUGACCGUAUGGGCUCUGGAGGGCCAUUGUUCAUCGACAUUACCUGGCACCCAGCAGGUGACCCGGGCUCAGACAAGGAAACCUCAUCCAUGAUGAUUGCCAGCACAGCGGUCAACUAUUGUGGGCUGGAGAGUAUUCUCCAUCUGACCUGUUGCAACCAGACCAAAGAGAGGAUCACUGGCCACCUUGCCAAAGCAAAGCACUUGGGCCUCAAAAACAUCAUGGCACUAAGAGGAGACCCAGUGGGAGUAGACUGGGAAGAAGAGGAAGGAGGCUUCAACUAUGCUGUUGACCUUGUAAAACAAAUCCGAUCAGACUUUGAUGACUACUUUGACAUCUGUGUUGCUGGCUACCCCACAGGGCAUCCUGAGGCAGAGAGCUAUGAGGAAGACCUCCAACACCUGAAGGAGAAAGUAGAUGCUGGAGCAGACUUCGUCAUCACCCAACUGUUCUUUAGGGCAGACACUUUCCUCAAGUUUCUAGAUGAUUGCCGGACGAUUGGCAUCACAUGUCCCAUCCUACCUGGAAUCUUCCCUAUACAGGGUUACCAGUCUCUACGUCAACUUGUCAAGCUGUCCAAGCUGGAGGUACCAGAGGAGAUCACAAAAGUCAUCGAACCCAUCAAAGACAAUGACGCUGCUAUCCGUAACUAUGGAAUCCAACAAGCAGUGCAGAUGUGCCAAGUGCUACUGGACAGUGGCAAGGUUCCUGGCCUCCACUUCUACACACUGAAUAGAGAGGUUGCUACCAUGGAGGUCCUCAGACAGCUGGGCAUGUGGAUAGAAGACCCCAGGCGGCCUCUUCCCUGGGCGGUGAGUGCACAUCCCAAACGAAGGGUAGAGGAUGUUCGACCCAUUUUCUGGGCAUCCAGACCCAAGAGCUACAUCUACAGAACUCAGGACUGGGAUGACUUCCCCAAUGGCAGAUGGGGUAACUCCUCAUCUCCAGCUUUUGGUGAAUUAAAUGACUACUACCUGUUCUACUUGAAGAGCAAGUCUUCCAAAGAUGCACUGCUGCAGAUGUGGGGUGAAGAGCUGAUGAAUGAAGAGAGUGUAUAUGAGGUCUUCACUUGCUACAUUACCGCCCAAUCAAACCGCAGUGGGCACAAGGUUAUGUGUUUGCCAUGGAACGAUGAGCCACUUGCCCAAGAGACCAACUUGCUGAAGGAUGAGCUGGAGAAGGUCAACAGACGAGGUGUGCUCACUAUCAACUCCCAGCCCAACAUCAAUGGCAAACCCUCUGCAGACCCUAUAGUAGGCUGGGGUCCUGCUGGAGGCUAUGUCUUUCAGAAAGCCUAUCUGGAGUUCUUUACCUCCAGUGAAAAUGUGACUGCCCUCCUCAAAGUACUGAAGAAGUACGAGCCCCGUGUCAACUACCACAUUGUUAAUGUGCACGGCCGUAACCUGACCAAUGCCCCUGACAUGCAGCCUAAUGCUGUGACGUGGGGCAUCUUCCCUGGCAGGGAGAUCGUUCAGCCUACAGUAGUGGACCCAGUCAGCUUUAUGUUUUGGAAGGACGAGGCCUUUGCUUUGUGGAUCGAGCAGUGGGCCAAACUCUAUGAAGAUGAGUCUCCAUCACGGAUGAUCAUAAAGUAUAUCCACGACAACUACUUUCUGGUCAAUCUAGUGGACAAUGACUUUCCCCUGGACAACUGCCUGUGGCAGGUCAUCGAUGAUAUGUUUGAGCUACUUGAUGCACCUCCAGAGCCACUCAACGACGGAGCUGUGUCUGAAUGAAAUCACAGGGCUGGGGUUAUGAAACAGUUGAUAUUUUAUGCAUUGUCUUUUAAUGCUGCUAUUAAGACACAGAACUUAAAAACUGUACUGUGACAACACAGACAACGUUACACUGUCUACAUGCUGCCUUGACAUUUUUUAUAGUGCUUCAUAUUUAUUUGUUGUGACUCAUUUCUGAAUCUCAUUAGUUUUUCCAGUAUUGUACAAAAUUUUACAAAGUGAUAUUCAGUUACCAGGACUGUCCAGCAUUUUGAGCUGCUAUUGAUGUGUAGCAUUUCAACAAGACAUACUUUAAAUGUAUUAUGUAUUCAGAGUGAAUUGUGAUCACUACAUAACAACAAGUACAGGUCAGGUCAUAGGACGGUGUAUGACACUGCAGCAGUCAGGUGACAUUGGCAGGGAUUUUCCACAAAUUGAGUAACUAUGUUAACAGCUGAAUGUACAAAUCAUAACCCUGCAGAGAAAUGGUGUGACGUGGUAUUGAUAGUCCAACCAUUGCACACACUGGAAGCCUUAUCUUGACCUGAGCAGCAGUUGAUCAGAUUGCCUACAUCAGACAGACAGCUGUUGCCUUUGCCACAAAGUACAUCCCACAUGGAAAAGUUCCCAGUGGUGGCAAAGUGGCUGACAAUAUUGACCUGAUGAAUAUAAAAAUAAGCAUCUGUAGGGCAGAAUUCUUUCAUACAAACAUGUAUUCCAAACAAAUAAAGAAAUACAUUACAAAUUCUUACAUGACAUGUCCCAACUCUUACAUCUCAACAUAUGUACUGUAUGUCCUCAAAAACAUUUUUGUAAAGGUGAUGAAGACAAUCAGGAUGUUCCACAAAAAACAUUUUCUUUAUUGUAAUAAUGAGAACUUUUGUUUUCAAUAAAGUUCACUAUAUUAACAAUUACA